GUCUCAACAGAGGAUCUUGCAAAAUGGUCGAGUUAGAGAGUAAUGAAACGAUUCCUUGUAAAUUUGGGUACAGCUACAAUAACUCAAUGUUCGCUUCAACAAUUAUAUCAGAAUGGGACCUAAUUUGCGGAAGGGAACGACUGAUAGAUUUGUCACAAGCGACACUGAUGCUGGGUGUUCUGAUAGGGAACAUUUUAUUUGGAAUUCUGGCAGACCAAUAUGGAAGAAAACCGAUAAUAAUGCUAUGCAUAACUUUUCAAGCGCUAUUUGGCAUCGCUGCUUCCUUUGCUCCGUACUACUGGCUAUUUAUCUUUCUUCGAAGUUUGGUGGCAAUAACUAAUGGUGGCACGAUGGUUACAUCCUUUGUAAUGUGCAUGGAAGCAGUUGAAGAUAGAUGGAGAACUGUAAUACCAAUUCUAUACCAGAUACCAUUUGGUUUUGGAAACACUAUAAUGGCUGUCGUUGCUUAUUUUGUAAGAGAUUGGAGAUAUCUACAUUUUAUUCUUUCGGUUUGGUGUACUCUAUUUAUUCUAUAUUAUUGGUACAUACAAGAAUCUCCGAGAUGGCUUUUAGCAACUGGCAGAAGAACUGAAGCUAUAUUAACUAUAAAAAAGAUAGCUGAACAAUACAAUAUAGAUCAAAAAGAAUUUCAAACUUACGUAACAGAACUGUCUAAUAUAAAUUUUUUGCGAGUACCAAAAUCACCCAUAGGUGGGAUUUUUUCUAGUGGAGAAUUGAAAAAAAGGAAUACGUUGCUAUGUUUGAAUUGGAUGUUUUCGGGCAUAACCUUCUAUGCAUUUUCACAAUACUUAGGACAAAUUGGCACGAAUAUUUUCUUAACUGUUGCUACCAGUGGAUUAGUUGCUCUACCUGGAACCAUCGCAUGCAUCUUUUUAGUUGGUAAAUACGGAAGAAGAUGGACCAUAGCCAGUUCUUACUUGUUUACAGCCAGUUGCUUCUUAUUCAUUUCCCUUACACCAAAAGGAUAUUUUGAUAAUGAUUGGCUGCGAGUAGUACUGUCUGGUUUUGGAAUAAUCGGUAUAUCGGUGUCAACGCCAGCUCUAUAUCUAUUUACAGGUGAACUAUACCCUACAGUUUUACGAAAUGCCGGAGUUGGUAUAUGUCUUAUGUUUUCAAGAGUAGGAUCAAUGUUCGCACCUUUUAUAAUUACACUAGAAGAAAAGGAAGCAGCAUUACCUCUUAUUAUAUUGACUUCUAUAACUUUGCUACAGGCGCUACUAGUUUUGCUUUUACAGGAAACGAAAAAUUUAAAAUUGUUAGACACAGUUCAAGAUCUAGAGAAAAUAUAAUUUAGGUUAGGAAUUAAAGACAUUAUAAGAUUGAUACUGAACUACUAUUAAAAUGUAACUUAUGGCUUCUUAAGUUUCUUGAGCUUGAUACAAAAAUUUUGUAUCAAGGUUGAAUUAACAAAAAUCUUCAACGUAUUGAAAACGAUAUUAAAAAAGCAGUAUAAAACGAGGCUAAAGUUUUAGAAAAUAUAUUAAAUGCUGAAGCUUCAUUGAUUUAAGUGGACACAAAAUUUGCUUGCAAUGCUUUUUAAAUGUAUUAUUUUUUUUCGAAUCCUGAGAAAACUAAUUAGUGUUUUUGAAAAAUUUAAACGCUGAAUAAAAGAUUACAUUAUUAGGUACUGAGACAGAACUGAAAACCUCUAUACCUAAUGUUUAUUUCAAUAAGUUACAGGGGUGAAAACAAAGAGAAAAUUGAGUGUAAUUUUUAAUUUCAAAUAUUUUAUUCGAAAGAAACCUUUUGUUUAUUCUAAAGGACUUUCGGCCCUUUCAAUCUGAGCUAAAAUUUUUCAAAAAUAUUGAUUAGUUUUUUCAGGAUUUGAAAAAAAUGAAUGCAUUUAAAAAGCAUUGCAAGCAAAUUUUGCGCCUAUGCUAUGCUAAAUUGUAAUUGUAUAAUUAUCGUUAAAAUAAAAGUACAGUGGAACCCCGAUAAGUCGGCCCCCGAUAACCCGGAAGUUCGGCUAACCCGGACCGAUUUUCAUCAGACAAACACUUCAACAAUAAAAAUGUAUGUAAUAUAAUAUUUGAGAGAUAAUGGGUAUUUGUGUAAUUUGAACUAUACGAUAGUAAAAAUGACUCAUGGCACACGGCGCCAGAGCGACGUCCAUUUUCUCGGAUUAUCGGAAACAACAGGCACCUGUUAUUCCUUUAUUUAUUUCAAACUGUCUUAGCAUUGUUUAAAAAAGACUAAAAGACUAUUUAAAAAAUUCUUUUUUAAACAAUGGUCUUAGUCUCCACUGUUCUUAAAUAACAUAACAUCGUUCCGAUUGUGACUGUAUUGUGUAUAGUACAGUCGUAUUUCAAUUAUAACGGAGUUUAUCUGUAAGUAUACCGUAUUUUUUUUUAAUUUCUACCAAAUUCUCCGGCUAACCCGGAUUUUCGAUAACCCGGAUUGGCCGCGGUCCCGAUUAAUCCGACUUAUCGAGGUUCCACUGUAUUUAAUAAGUGUAUAGUGACUUAU